UUAGAUGGGGGCGGAAAGUUUGGGUUCUGCUCGCGUCGUGUCUGGCCAAUAAUGUGCAGAGAGCAGCCGUGAACAUCAUUUAAAAAGGAGACAGUCGGGCGCUGCUGCGAUUCCUAUUAAACCCCCCAUCAGUGUGUGUCUGCAUGUGUGUGCGUGUGUGUCAUCGGAAUGAACUCUAUACACUCUCUCCGGCACAUUUGAUCAUCUCUCAUCCACAAAUUCGGUACUGGAUUUUCUUCGGAAAGAAGGAUUGACCACACCACCCGGUCUGCACCGACUGACUCUCUUUUUCUUCGGAUAUCCCGACAUAGCUGCACUCAUUAAUCCUCGGAGCUCUGACAGAAUGAGCAGAUUGGGGCAGUUCACGUGUGCCGUGCUCUUGCUGUCGGUUUUUGUAUCCUGUGCAGCAGAAACCAGAGCCACACAGGGCGCUAUACCUAAUCCGGGCAAAAGCAAACCAAACGAGUCGGAGCGACGACAGAGCGGCUCUUCCUCAUCGUCAUCAUCCUCAUCGACGGGCAGAGGUAGAGGCUCGUCUUCCUCUGCAGAAGAGGUGCUGGAGUCAAGUCAGGAGGCGCUGCAUGUGACCGAGCGCCGAUACCUGAAGCGCGACUGGUGCAAGACACAGCCGCUGAAGCAGACCCUGCAUGAGGAAGGCUGCGUGAGCAUCACCAUCCUCAAUCGCUUUUGCUACGGCCAAUGCAACUCCUUCUACAUCCCGCGCCAUGUGCGCCGAGAGGAGGGAGCCUUCCAGUCGUGCUCGUUCUGCAAGCCCAGGCGCUUCACCACCAUGACCUACACGCUGACCUGCCCUGACCUGCAGCCGCCCACCCGCAAGAAGCGCGUGCAGCGCGUCAAGCAGUGCCGCUGCAUCUCCAUCGACCUGGACUGAAGUGUGAGAUCAACAAAAUGCUACUGUUGGGGGAACUUUAAACUUGAGGCGUUAAGUUCUGAGGACUUAUUUGAAUGAAAAGAACAAAUUAAAAGCACAUUUUAAGAAAAUAAAAAGGAGGAGCACUGAUACGGCGCAAUCAGACGAACUCCAGCCAAGCGCUCCAUCAUGGACACAACACGCAAUUCAUCAUGCAUACAAACUUCCCUUAGUUAUCACAUAGUUUCUCGAUUCACACUCCAAAUCUCCGCCUUACCCAAGCACUAAACAUAUACAUGUGUUAUUUUCCUCACUUUUGAUUGCCGAUUGAUUUUAAAAGGAGCACAAAUGUGCGCAAAACAAGGCGACACGCAAACACAGCACCAUUUUGCAUCUUUUUGGAAACAUUUUGGGACCUUAGAGCCUAAUCAUGUAAUAUAGGUAUUAAUAUGUAAUAAUGUAACAGCCUGUUUAUUUCUGUUAGUGCUGGAAGGUGUUUUUUCCACCAUGUGGAAAUUAGUGGUGAUCUAAUAGGACAGGUAAAGAAGACUUUUUUUUUAUUUAAUAUGACAGAAAGAACGCUUGUAUAAUAGCAGGUGUAUUAUAUUGUCCGUUUGUUGUGAAUUUUGUUUUGUGGACAUUUUUAAGUUCCAAUUAUUAUAAUAAGACCUGCGUGAAAAUAACAUCUUAAACCUAAAACACUUAGUAUAUGAUUUAUUUAAAAGUAAAUCUUGCAAAAAGGGUACAGGACUUGUUUAUAAUGUAAGUAUUGCUGUCCAUUCUGUUUACAAUUCUUUCUACAUGACUGUUUAAUGGGAUUGCUGCUUUAUCUUGACUGUAGGCCUA